UUUUCAGUCUAAACCUCUUGAGGGUAAAAUUUAACAAAAAAAUAAAAUAAGCAUUUAUAUAUAUUACCCUCACGAGCCUGCCCCCUUAUUAUUGGCUUACAGUUCCAGUUCCUAUUUGGCUACUGUGUUCUAGCCGCAGUCUCGCACUCCAUUCUCACAUGGCUGAUUCUGAACAUUCUACCUCUGAUGAGACUUAUAUGGAUUCCCAAGAGGAAAGGAAUCAAGAAUCGAAAAUCGAAUUCUCUGAGGAUGAGGAAGCACUUGUCAUCAGGAUGUAUAAUUUGGUCGGAGAGAGGUGGUCUCUAAUUGCUGGGAGGAUUCCUGGGAGAACAGCGGAGGAUAUCGAGAAGUACUGGAAUUCCAGAUACUCAACUAGUGAAUGAAAGUUGAAAAUCCAAGAACUUAAGCUGGACAUUUAAGUCUUCUACAGGAACAAGUAUCACUUGUAGAGUUAUCAGGAACAUGUUCUGCUUCUGUUCAUUUAAGGGCACCAGUUGAUUCCAGAAUCUCCUCCUGUAAAAUUCUAGUGUUCUUUCCUUCUUUUCUAGUUGCAAUUUGGUCUUUAAAUUUCGAAGUUAUUUCAUGCUUUGUCCUCUUUCAAUUAGGGACCAAGUGCCCAUGUGGAUGCGCAUCAAACAAAUUGUUCUAUGCUAGUGAAAUUCCUUUUUAA